CUCGCAUUCAGGCAUCGCUUCGAACAAGUAAUCAUGCAACUAUUUCUUGAACUGUCGUUGCUAGUGCUCACAGUGCACCUGCGUUCGACCGGCAGUGCCCCUGGCUGUUGCAAGCUGUGCUGUGAAGAACCGACGACACCAAAGACAGCGCUUCGGCCGACCGUGUUUCCUCCUGCGUUAGAAGAGGAAUGCGACCUCGAUCUAGCGGCACACCCGAUGGACAGUGAUCAACGAGCGCGUGGUUUUUCAAGGGGAGGCUUCGGUAGAGGUGGUAGAGGACGACCAGGUGGCGGUAGAGGACGACCGGGUGGAGGAAUUGGACGACCAGAUGGGGGUAGAGGACGACCAGGUGGCGGUAGAGGACGGCCGGGUGGAGGAGUUGGACGAUCAGGUGGGGGUAGUGGGCGACCAGGUGGAGGUAAAGGACGACCAGGUGGGGGUAAAGGACGUCCAGGUGGGGGUAGCGGACGACCAGGUGGAGGAGUUGGACGACCAGGUGGGGGCAAAGGACGACCAGGUGGGGGCAGUGGAAGACCACGUGGAGGUAGUGGAAAACCACCAAACACUGGCGGAGGCAAGACAGGUGGUAAUAAAGGAGGGGCAAAUCAAGGUGAAAAUAUCAACAAUGCUGGACAGCAAGGAGGACCCUCUGCAAGUGAAAAUAGCGGGGGCAUGUCAAAGUGGGACCAAGCGGCGGUGGUGGUCUCCGGUGCGAACGCUGGAUCAAAUGUGGGAAAUUUGGGACUGGGAAUUUACGAUCUGGCCAAUCAGGCAGGUAAACAGCCAGAGGAAGAGAGAGAGGAACAGAGACAAGAUCAGGAACAGGAGGGCGGAGCGGAACAGGGAACGGAAGAGGAAGCCGAAGAAUAGUUAUGUAACUAAUUAUAAUGAUUGAAUAGCGGCGAAUAAACGUAGU